UAAAGCAUUCUGGUUCUGGUAAGGGAGGUAGUUUUGCGCGUGUGUUCCGGUCAGUCCAGCUCAUUUUGUACCUGACAUUAGCGCUGGACCUGCUGCACGGGAGUGGGUGGAAUUGGAGGAGUGGUCGCUCCAUAUAUGGUUCCCACAGGGCUUCCUGUCUGGACCCUCACACACUCCCACUACCAUAAACACUCUUCAAACCAUCGUGCCUUUCUCAUCUCAAUGAACAGACACAUACAGAGAGAGAGAGGGAGAGAGACGGAGGAGGGGAGGGACCUGCUUGAGCGUGUGUUUUUUCUUUAACUAGUUGACACUGGCAGGAGGAGACGGCAGCAUCCUCUGUCCCGCAUCACCUCCUGAAUUUUGCGUUAUGACACAAAGAGACCUUAACGUAAACGCAAAAGGAUCCGCAGUCUAAAAGCCAUCUGUUUCAUCGUAUUUUUCCACGCGUUUUCAUCCCAUGCUUUGACAUCUGGAAUGUGUGGUUUUCCUGCAAGCGUUGUUUCCAUGCCAGCAUGGGAACUGCAGUGUCCAAAAGGAAGAAUCUGAGAAAUGAUGCGAUUUCUUCGGUGGCAGCCAAAGUUAGAGCAGCUCGUGCAUUUGGAGAGUACCUUCACACCCAUCCUGAGAACUGCAACGGAUCAGAUCACUUACUGUCUGACACCCUCGUUGGCCACGACUCUGACUCCCCAGACAGCCUGUGUGCUCAGAACAACAACCACAGCUGUACCCUCCAGGGCUCCCCCAUCAGCACCGACGCCAGCCUGAUCAACCCUGCCCUGGGUCUUCUGGAACCACCACCCCCUACAACAUCCUCCAAGAGCCGGUUAUCCCUAGAGCGCAGCUUUUCAGCAGAGGAGGACCAGCAGAAGUGUGUGGAGUGUGCCCUGCAGCCUGCUCGAGUCUACACCAUCACCGGAGAGAGCGGAAUGCUGGGAACCAGUCGGGGAAGCAAAGAGAAUCUGGAGCUUGAGGUCUUGAAAGAGGCUCUCUCCCAGCCCUCGACAUCAUCCAACACGUCAUCUCCAACCCAGCGACACCACCACCAUGGAGGCGGAGGUGGAGGCGGAAACCAUCAUCACAGCAAUCACCAUCAUUCCAACCACCAUCAUGCCAACACCAGCGGUAGCAGUGGAAAUAGCGGAUCAACCCCCCAGAAUAUCUCUGGAGCAGGAACGUCACACCAUCACCACGUGGUGUCCCAUCACCAUCACCACCUUUCCCAGCCACUCCAGAGUUCAGUCAGCGCACACAAUCUUCGUGGCUGGGGAGAGGGAAAGGAAUGCGGCCUGGCAUGUGAGAGUUGUCCUGGGGCUCCAUCACGCAGCCAGGGCUCCCUGGACCUGGAAAGCAGCACCCGAGAGGCAGGCAAGCAGCGCCGGCCCCCUCUAGAGCGGAUGUGCAGUGUGGACCGCGUGACUGGGCUGGAGCGAGACGAUAACAGUUGGUUCCCUAAAGAGAACAUGUUCAGCUUUCAGACUGCUACCACAACUAUGCAGGCGAUUUCAAACUUCCGGAAGCAUUUACGAAUGGUGGGCAGCAGACGAAUGAAAGCACAAACAUUUGCAGAGCGCAGGGCGAAGAGUUUCAACCGAUCCUGGAGCGAUCCAACCCCUGUCAAACAAGACUCUCUAACCGACUCAAAAGACAGUGGAGAGCUGCAGGGCACCUGCUGCACCCCAGAUGAGGCCAGAUGUGAAGACAUGGACUGGGAGGAGGAGAGAGAGAUGGAGAGACUGGCCUGUGAGGGAGACGACUUUAUCCCUCCCAAAAUUAUGCUGAUCUCAUCUAAAGUUCCCAAAGCCGAAUAUCUUCCCAACAUCAUCAAAAGAGACGAUCCUUCUAUUAUCCCCAUUCUCUACGAUCAUGAGCAUGCCACGUUUGAUGAUAUUUUGGAGGAGAUUGAGAAGAGAUUGACAGCCUACAGAAGGGGCUCUAAAAUCUGGCGAAUGCUGAUCUUCUGUCAGGGAGGCCCAGGGCACCUCUAUCUGCUGAAGAAUAAAGUGGCCACGUUUGCCAAGGUGGAGAAAGAGGAAGACAUGAGCCAAUUUUGGAAACGCCUGAGCCGGUUUAUGAGUAAAUUAAAUCCAGAGCCGAACCUGAUCCACAUCAUGGGCUGCUACGUGCUGGGCAAUCCGAAUGGAGAAAAGCUGUUCCAGAAACUGAAGAACCUGAUGAGGCCUUAUUCUGUCACGUUUGAGUCACCGCUGGAGCUCUCCGCUCAGGGCAAAGAAAUGAUUGAGAUGUACUUCGACUUCCGCCUGUUUCGACUUUGGAAAACCCGACAGCACUCAAAACUCCUCGACUACGAAGAUCUCUUGUGACCCCGCGCAGGUCUGCGUGUAGCAUUCCGGGCAGGACGUCCCACUAUAAAACUCCAUUCCACCAGCUUUCAUUUCAGAAAACGGGAGGAAGAGGAAAACAAGUGGAAACGGACGCAGCCACUUUGCGUCUCAAGUCUUAUUUCAGCUCGCCGUUGUGGAUUUCAGCCACCUCUGGACGGUAACACACAAAAACAACUGACAAACGCUCCAAAAUCCAAGACAAACCGGGAUAGAGCAAAGGGAAGGUGUUCUUCUGAACUAGCUGUCAGUCUGUUGACUGUUUUUAAACUAACAUAUCGCCUACAGCUAUUGAUCACUAGCCGAGACAGUUGUGCUUUUGAACGAGUCCUGCGUGCAAUAUCGAGUCAAGCGUACCUACCAGUACCCACGGAAACCGUCAUAUACGAAAUAACAACUAAUAUAUUGGUAUACAUACAGGAUAAACAUCUCAUGAGUAUAUAGAGUAGCUAUAGUCAUGCAAAUAAUCUAAAUGUCAAUGGUACAAUGAUGUACUUUUUCAAUGUUUAUUGUUGUGGUCUUUCUAAUGAACUAUUUGGAAUAACUCAGGUUUUAGCCUUUACGAAUAUGUUAGAUAUUCCCUCCUUUAUUCCAGUCAUUUAGGUGGAAAGAAUGUACAUUUUGUCGACCUGCUUAUAUGUGAUUGCUUCUGAGGUUUAGGGUUCUUCACGUUUUGACUUGCAUCUCCUUAUUACAGCGGCGGAAAAAAGUACCGAACACGUCAUGUUUUUUUCCUGGGAAUAAUAUUUCUAAAGGAACUGUUGACUUGGAAUUGAACCAGAUUUUGGUAAAAACCCAAACAAUACAAACAUAAAAAUAAAACAAAACAAAAAAAUCUGAACAAUGAGUUAUGUGUAAUAACAAUGGAAUGAUACAAGGAGAAAGUACUGAACUAUUCAAAUGUAUUUAACACCUUUUAUCAAAAGGCUUUUUAGUGAUGGCGGCUUAAAGAUGCCUCUCAUAAAAUCUUGAUGAUUCUGUGGGUCUUGUCUAUCAAAUCUAAUCUAUUUUUCUAU